AUGUAUAUUGAGGAGAUUUAUGAACUAAUCGAGGACGUUCCGGAGCAAGUCAAGAAGCAGUACAACGAGAUCAAACACCUUGAUGUCGAAUGGCAAAAACAACACGAGCAAUUCAAGCGUCUACGCGACAAACUGAUGAACGACCCAAAGAAUCUAUCCCCUGAGGAGAAGUUGAAAGUGUGCACAGAAAUUGGAAAGAUCUAUCAACUGAUGAAAACGUUGGGUCAAAAGAAAAUUCGCUUGACGGAGAGUGCUGAACAAAUUCUACGACUCAUUGCUGAUAAGGUGACAAAGGAUCAACUUCAGUUCAAAUGGGAUUUAGAAGCAGAGAAUCCGGGUUAUUUUAUCACCUCUUGGCAAGCAAGACAUCAAAAGAAUCAUCGCAUAAAACAAACGGUGGUCGACCCUUCACUUUUCAGCGAUUCUUAUGGAUCUUCUUCACAUCUCCGCCAACCUCUAGGACCUCGUAACAAUGGCGGCUUCUUGUCUAAUUUCAAAACAUCUCGACCGGGUCCACCCGUAAAAAACAAAGGUCGCAAAAAUGCAAAUGCGCGUUCGCGUGGUCGACCACCGAAAGUCGACUCAUUUGGUUUCCCAUCGGUCAAAGGCGAUGAUGAGAUCAGCCAAGCGAGCUCGAUUCGUGAUGAAGACUCGAUUUCAAACUUACUUGCCGAUGAGGAUAUAAAUGAUCUGCAUGAUAUCUUCCCUCAAAUGCCAUCUCCUCCACGUGAAAUGCUCGAUAUUAUCAAGGACGAUCCCGGAUCAAUCUUCAAUUACGAUAGUGAGCUGUCAAUGUCUCUUCCCUCGCCUGGGAACGGCUAUUCAAAAAAUUAUAUGUCAAGGGUUGCCAGGGAAGGAUCCGAUUCUUCUUUCAUAUUGGGUGAUCGAAAAAAGCGUUUCUCCUCAGAUGUGAGUCUUCAUGGCCGUCAUCGAAGAUUAACUACACGUGUUGAAGAGAUGUUGAGUGAAAAACGAGAGAAAGAUCAACGAAAGCGACCACAUCCACGAGACGACGAACAUUUUCCCCGAUCGCUAAACUUCAAGAAUGGUGAUGGUCUUGGCGACGAAGAUGACGAACAUGAUGAUGAGGACUCACACACGGUUUGGUGCAUCUGCAAGAAGCCAUCUGAUGGAGAGAUGAUCUACUGUGAAAACGAAAAGUGUCGAAUUCAAUGGUUCCACUUUGAAUGUGUCGGAUUGAAGCAAGCUCCGAUUGGUCAUUGGUUUUGCCAGGAGUGCCGACAACGACGUCAAGAAUCAUCUUUC